CUUAUCAAAACACAUAUUCCUACAUUACAAACUUUCACCACCACCACCAAUGGCCAUCUCAGACCAGUCCGUCACCACCGGCAACGGCGGCUCCGGCGAAGUCUGCACGGCCGCCGCCGGCGAGAACCGCCCAUCUCAUCCCAAUUACAUUCCCAAUCACAUAGAUAACCCUUCAUAUGUGCGCAUUCUUGACACCACUCUCCGAGACGGCGAGCAAGCUCCCGGGGCCGCCAUGACUACAGAGCAAAAGCUCGAUGUCGCCCGACUUCUCGCCCACCUCGGCGUUGACAUCAUCGAAGCCGGCUUUCCUUGCUCCUCUCCGGAAAGUUUCAACGCUGCUAAAGCCAUUGCAAUUGAUGUUGGGUGCCACCCGGUGAUAGCCGGAGGUCAUGUGCCGGUGAUUGGCGUGGUGGCUAGGAGUAAUAAGAAGGAUAUAGAUAUUGCAUGGGAUGCAGUGAAACAUGCUUGUCAUCCACGUAUCAAUACUUUUAUUGCCACUAGUGACAUUCAUAUGAAACAUAAGUUGAGGAUGUCAAAGGAGGUGGUGGUUAAGACGGCGGUGGAGAUGGUGGCUUAUGCACGUAGUCUUGGUUGUAAUGAUGUUGCUUUUGCUGCAGAAGAUGCUGGCAGGUCAGAUAGAGAGUUUCUGCACCAUGUAUUGAAUGAAGUGAUAAAAGCAGGAGCCACAACCAUCAUCAUCCCUGACACUGUUGGUUAUAACAUGCCAUCAGAGUAUGCAAAUCUCAUUGCUGAUAUCAAGCUCAACACUUCAGGGGCUAUCAUUGCCACCCAUUGUCACAAUGAUCUUGGCUUUGCCGCUGCUAACACUCUUGCUGGAGCUGAGGCUGGGGCAAGGCAAUUAGAGGUCACAAUAAAUGGGAUUGGAGAGAGAGCUGGAAAUGCAGCACUUGAGGAGGUUGUGAUGGCAAUCAAAUGUAGAAAGGAAUUGCUAGGACUUCAUACAGGCAUUGAUACUAAAUACAUUGUUGCAGCAAGCAAAAUGGUUGCGGAGUUCACCGGUUUAUAUGUGCAACCGCAUAAAGCUAUUGUUGGAGUUAAUGCUUUUGCUCAUGAAAGCGGUAUUCAUCAGGACGGAGUUCUUAAAUAUAGAGGCACUUAUGAAAUUAUCUCCCCUGAAGAUAUUGGUUUGUCUAGAUCCAAUGAGUCCGGUAUUGUUCUUGGAAAACUUAGUGGUAGACAUGCUCUAAAAGCUCGGCUUUUGAAGUUAGGACAUGAUGUGAAUGGAAAAGAGCUAGAUGACAUAUUUGCAAGGUUCAAAGAAAUUGCUGGCACAAAAAAGAAUUUUUCCGAUGAUGAUAUUGAAGCACUUGUUGGAAAUGAAAAUGAUCAUUUAAAAACAAUAUGGUCACUUGUCGAUAUUCAGGUUAUACAUGGAACAAUUGGUUUUCCCACAGUGACUGUGAAGUUAAUUUCUUUUGAUGGAGAUGAAAAAAUUUCAUGCUCAACUGGAGAAGGUGUUGUAGAUGCAGCAUUUAAAGCAGUUAAUAACAUUGUCCAGGUACCUGUGAUUUUAAAAAAAUACACAAAUUCAGCCGUGGAAGGCAUCGAUGCUCUUGCUUCUACUCGUGUUGUUAUAAGUCUCGAUAGCAAUGACAUAAAAACUCAAAAUGAUCGGACUUUUAGUGGAAUCGGGACAGGAAAAGAUAUCACCGUUGCGAGUGUUCAAGCUUAUUUAAAUGCGCUAAACAAAGCAAUGAGUCUCAAAAACUUAUCGGCAAAAAUAAUUCGGGCAUGAUCAACAUUGUUAAUUAAUGUGUCUUUGAAUCCAAUAUUAAGAGAUGAAAUAAUUAAUCCGGGCAUAUAUAAUCAACAUUGUUAAAUAAUUGGCAAAAACUUAUUGGCAAAAAUAAUCCGGGCAGUGUGAUGGAGCAUGCAGCAAAGCACAGUACCUGAAUCCAAUAUUAAGAGAUGAAAUGCUAUUUAAUUCUAUUUAUUCAUGGCUUGUUAUUUCUAUUUCAUUUAAAGCAUCAAUAAAUGUUGUUUAAACAGAUGUGAGUUCUGUUACAUUAUUGGUAUUCACUA